ACACCCUUCGUGCUUGCUUUUCUUGCAGGAAUCUUUUGUUUCAUUCUAACUCCCAAGUUUUCGAUCUGGUGAUAGCCUUCUCUGGAUUAUCGAUUCUGUUGGAUGAUGAAUUUGGUUUGAUUGAUGUGCUUUUUGGCCUUUUUUGGGCCUUUUUUCUUGAUCAUUUGAUGCUUAUUUAUGGUUGCAUUGGUAGAUGUGAUUCCUACAGUGAAAUGAGUGCUCUUUUUUCCGAUUUUGGAUUCUGAUCUGAUUUAAUUGAAGUAGUUCUUAGAGACAUGAUCAUCUGGGUAAAAUCCGUUUCGUUGUUCCCGAAACUGUCUGCACGACAAUGCCAAGUGGUGGUCGAGUUUGAAAGCGAAUAGGAAAAAAAAGGAGAAAGAAAAAUCGGGAAUUGGUUUUGUGUACGGGUUUCUCUAGCGGGGUUAAACUAUGGUGUUCACACUUUCACUUGUAGUGGUCCAUGUAGUUAGAUUAGGAUCGAUAAUGGAGUUUGAGGUCAAGAAUGUCAGGUUGUGAUUAUAAACGGAAGUCGAUGUUGUUUUGGGGGCAAGAGUGUUUCUAGGUUGAGCUUUUGAAUUGACUUUCUUUCUUGGGAUCAUAUAAAUGGGGAAGGGGUCGGAAGAGGGCUUCUGUGACCUACUGCAUGGCUUAUAUUCUUAGCUGUAUCACCAAGCAUUCUCCAGAGUACAAGGUUUUGAUGUUGGGACGUGUAUUGGGAGGAAUCGCAACAUCUCUACUCUUUUCAGCCUUUGAGUCAUGGCUUGUUGCAGAACAUUUUAAGGACUGGACUGGGCUAACCUUCCAAGAAAUAAUGGAAGAAGUAGAAAAAAUAAAAACCACGCUGCAGCUACCACACCAGAUUGGCAACUCAAUUUAUGGACCUUAUGGACCCCAACUUGUUGCUGGAGGCAAACUACAGCAGAUAUGGCAAGCGCAUAUGGCCCAAUACAGGCCGCGUCUUGGUAUUCCCGCAUGGCAGACCAUGAGGCUGCAGGACCCAUCCCUGCUUCCCUGUGCUCAGCCUCCAUCCACAUUUCCUCAGCCUUCCAGAGAGAUGCAGGUUGGAUCCUAUCAGCUGCGGUGGAUCGGUAAUCUCCCAUUACUUGAUACAUAUAGGAAGAAAGUGCUGUACUCGUAACAUGUUAUUAGAUCUAACAAAAGCAAAACAGCCCCACGGACCCCAAAGAAUAAAGGAAUGAGAUGAAAGUAUAUACUGGAAUGAAAAGUGAGGCAGUUCUUUUUAGCAUAUGAAUAAAAGUGAGGCAGUUCAUUUGUUGUUUUAAAAGCAAAAUGUCAGUAUGAAUAAACUAGCUGCCUGAGACUGUUGAUUUGAAUCUCAGUGACUGUUGAUUUGAAUGUUUGUGUCAAUGUAAAUGUAAUACAGAUUCAUAUU